AUGGUUUUUGAGAAAAAUCAAAACUCACAUGAUAGAGGUGUCUUGCCGAUUAAGCCAUUCAAAGGAGGUGAAGAUGAAGCUAGUAGUGAUGAGGAUGAUGUUGAUAUAGGCGAUAUAUCGUGUAUGCCCCACAUUUCGAUCGUGAAAAAGAAAGAAGAGAAGAUUUAUCAACAUCUUCUACCGAUUGACAACGGGUUUUACGAUGGAACAUUAGAUAAAGAUCUUCUGAGGGAAGGUUUAGGUACAUAUAGUUUAAAUAACGGCGAGGAGUAUUAUUCAGGUUCGUGGAAACUUGAUAGACCUAACGGAUAUGGUUAUCAUAUUCAAAACUAUGGUUCGACUAUAUAUCACGGAGAGUUUUACGAAGGAAAGCUUAAGGAAGGAUUUGGAAAAGUGACACUGUCCAAUAAAUAUGAAUAUCGAGGCACAGUUACAGACGGACAAUUUCACGGAUUAGGAUUUCUCUCGAUAAAAAUAGCAGGUCUUACUGAUAUGGAUAAACCAAAUGAGAAAAAAGAGACUCUUCGACUAAUCGCCGAAUGGGACAUGGGAAAAACAAAGAUCAUUUAUGUCGACGAAGUGAAGCGAUAUUACCAUUAUCAUAGUGAGAGUUUUUACAAGACUUUAGAAUCAACUCUGUCAUCAUACAAUGAAACUUUACAAGAACAAAAGAAAUAUUUUGAAAUUUUACUCGAUAUAGUAGAGAAACAUCUAAAUCUCAGUGUCCUAGAUGAAAUAUCCAUACAUGCUGAUCUACCGGCAACAUUACGAUCAUCAGCAAAUUUAUUGUACGCGUUAGAUGAGAGUUACACAAACUUGAAAAAAUAUACUGAGAUAGACACCGGACCAAAUUACAUCGAGCGAGUUAAAAGCGCGUGUACACGUGGUUUGCAAACCUAUGCAAGAAGAUUAGCAUCGACAGACGAUGGAGAUAAUCGCAGUGGUUUUUCAGUAAGAGACAUUUUUGACAAUAAACUAAGUAGUUUUACAAAACAGUCAAGAUUAGAAGAUCUGAUUCCAGUUCUUUCAUUCGAUAUCUUCGCUAUCGAUUUGAUUAAGAAACUGGUGAAUUCGGUGAAUGAAAGAUCAGUUCAAAUUCUUACUGAGAAUCGACCGGAGUUCAUCGAACAUCAUAAGAACCGCAUUAAAUCAAUAUGGGCAGAUUAUCUCGAAUGUUUAGCGAAUACAAACAGUAGCGGUGAGAGAUAUCAGUUUUAUUUUGAUUGCUAUGCAAAUUUGUUGAAACUAUCCGCGGGUAACGAAGCCAAAGAUAAAAUCGAGUUAAUCAUCAUAAAUGCAAUGACUCUCGUUUUAGAGAAUCUGAAACCUUGGAGGGUUAUCGAUGGAAAUAAUAUUUUCCAUGAAAAUACUCCCAUUAAAAAGAUAGGAGAUGAUUUGAUCAUCGGAAUUUUGCGCAAUACGAAAAGUGAGAUGAAAGGAUUUUUUCAAAACAAUGCCGACGACUUUGAGGAGAUUUUUAAAUCGAUCAUUGUACAUUAUGAAAAUCAUUUAGUGAAUAAACUUCAUCCAAAUUAUCAGAAUAGCAUUCAAGAAAUUAUUCAGAUUAAUGAAUACUUUAUCGAGAUAUCGAAAACAAAAAAUUCGCCAAUUCUCACUUUACAAUUCGAAACAAUAAAAACAUAUGUUCACGAGUUAACAACAUAUAUCGAUCGUUUUCGAAAUUUCAACCAUCAAUUUCGUGAAUUAUCUAAAAAAUUCUCUUCUCUGUUUCCGAACCAAACGAAAACACGCUUCGAUCUAAUCGCAUCGGAGAUUCUACGUUCAAUCGAAGAUUUGCUUAUAAAAAUACUCGCAACUGAACCGAUAAUCACCAAUCGAGAUGAAAUAGUGAGAAAGUAUUCUCCUCCGUUGGAGAAUUCUUUGCGACAAGCUGCUCAUGAUAAGCUCAUAAACGACGUCGUUGUUCUAUUAGAUAUGGGUGCGAAGAUCAAUGAUCGUAGUCCGAGUUCAGGACAAACUGCGUUGCAUAGGGCAGUUGAAAAUCAAGAUCGGAACAUGAUUUUAUUACUUUUGAAACGAGGUGCUAGCAGAAAUAUAGAAGAUAAUGAUGGCCGCAGUCCAAAUUAUUAUGCGAAACAGAAUAAUUUAGACUUCGAGCAGAUUUUUCUUGAAGGGAACGAUGCAGAUAAAGACACGUCGGUUCGUUUGUUUGCGCUACAAAAGUUGAAUGAUUUUCUAGCAAAUUUACUUUCUCUGAACUUGACUUGGAUUGUUGAAUGCAAAAAUAUCGAAGCAUCGAAUCAAUAUAUCCAACCAUGGACCAGAUUUCUCUUCAAAAUUCCAGGAGUCAGAGCUCUACAUCUCUCAACAGCUGAGCCAUUUGAGAAGUAUUUAUUUGAAAUUGCCGGAAUGAAAGGUCUCUAUAGCGUAAUCGAUAUCGAAAAAGCGACAUCACAAGUAAAGACACCGCAUAAGCAUUAUACGUUAGAAACGGUCAGAGACUUCGUUGACAUCGUUAGGACAAUGAAUUUCCCCCUCCGAUUCGAUUCAUCUGCAGUAAUUCGAGCACGGGCUGAUUUCAUCACGGCUAUAUCGAAUUCGUUGAAGUAUCUGAACGAUCAAGUGAAAUACAGUAGUUUAGAACAGUUUAAGGAAGAAUUUCUUUCUCCAUUUAGACGUGUAACUGAAAACAUUGGAUGUUAUGAGGAAUUUCACAAGAAAUUAGAAACAAUUGAAACAUACUUUGUAUACGAGAGAAAAUUGAGAGAAAUAACUGUUGAACAAGCGUUAGAAACCUUUAAAAGGAAAAAUGGUGCAUUACCUGGAUGUGAUUUAGUUAAGAAAUACUUUAAGAAUUACGAAAAGUAUUUUAAAAGGUACUUUUAUCAGAUCAUCGAACGAAAAUCUUCCAGUGCCAUUCGGGAUGUUAUCAGCGAAACGAAGAAGAAUGCUAAAUUUGAUAAGAACACUAUCCCACAGAUUAUCGCUGGAUUGUCAGUCAUAUUUUCCCUUGGAAUUUCGGAUUUUAUCGGAAAAAAUUCCGAAAAUCAAUACGUUUUAAAAGAAAACUUCGAUAAGACAUGUUUUCUACAACCGCAUUGUAUCCAAAUUCUCGGCGUAUUUUUCUUAUUGAACAUGAAUGACGAGAAAAAUGACUCUCUACUGAGUGGGCUAGCAGAAAUCACUACUGGGCAAGGUAAAUCUUGGGUUUUAGCACUUUUAGCUGCAUAUUUCAGUUUAAUCGGUUAUCGAGUGACAGUUAGUUGCUAUAGUGACUAUUUGACUAAACGCGAUAGUGAAUAUUUUCGACGCUAUUUUGAACCGUUCGAUCUGAACAAAUCUGUUCAGUAUCGGACGUUUAAAACCAUGUGCGAAGAGCAAUUAGUGAAAAAAAACGAGAAGAAAAACUUACGAAAUCUCAUUUCGGACAUUCUACAAGGUGAAAAUUUAUCACCGGAAGUUCGAAACGAAGCCAUGAAAGAAAAAUCGAUUCUUCUAAUCGACGAAGUUGAUGUUUUCUUCUCGGACGAGUUCGGUAUGCCAUACAAACCAGGACUUCGAAUUCCAAAUCGAUCAUUAGCAAAAGUUCAGAAGGAUAUUUGGCAAAAGACAUUCACUCGUCAAAAGAAUAUACACAAAUCAUCGGAAACCGAACUAAUUAAAGAAAGUUCGACGGAUAAAUUCAUUGCGACAUUAAACGAAUUCAAUAUGUUAAAUAAGCAUUUGAAAUCGAUGAUCGACACUGCCGCCGAAAUUUAUCAAGAUAUGAAUGGUACAAAUGAAUUAAGAAAUAAAUACCGAAUUGAAGGCAACAAUUUACAAACCAGAGAUGCAAAUGACAAAUUCGUGUCGACAGUUUGGUAUGGUUAUGAAAAUAGUUUUUAUUAUUUAAAAUUAAUGCAUGAAAAACACGGUCGUUUCCAUGAAGAGGAACUAAACGAAGAAAAUUUUGGAUAUUUUUCAAUUCAAUGUGGACUUCUUUCAUAUUCGGAACUUCCGAAGACUUAUCAUAGAAUAUUCGGUGUCAGCGGAAGUUUACAAUGUUUAUCAGCUGCUGAACGAUCUCUAUUGGAAUAUUAUGAUAUUCAACAAAAAGAAAUCUUUCACAUCAGAGCAAAUCUAGGUAUUGAUCCGUAUUUUGCAACACAAAACGAGAUUUAUGUAGGAGAAAACUGCGAGAGUAUUGACAGAGAAAGAUUCAUUCGAGAUGAAUAUGCAGGUCAUCAUGGGAAAGUGACAUUGUUGACGAGAGAACUAGGCAGAGGUGUCGAUUUUCAAACCGAGCCGAUUGUCAAUCAAAACGGAGGUAUGCAUGUUAUUCAAACAUUCUUCUCUGAAAAUAUCAGAGAGGAAAUUCAAAUACGAGGAAGAACUGCGAGGAAAGAUGAACCGGGAAGUUAUGAAUUGAUUGUAUGUCUUCAACAUUUACGAAAUCCUGGACUGUCAGGCAUGAACACAUGGAAAUUUACAGCAGUAACAAAAGAUACAACUUAUAAAGAGUUGGAUCGACAAAGGACAGAGUUCGUUAACAAAUCUUGUCAAGAAAAGAUUCGUACUAUCGAAGGAAAUAGUGGAAAUCAUAAACGAACCCUAUCUUUUUUCCAGAGAGCAGUUAGUGAAUGUAAUGACCGGAAUCGCCAUGAAUUUAUCAAUGAAAUUGCAAAAUUACAAUAA